CGAUCCGAUUGAUCUUAAUAUCUGAUAUUUAUGGGCAUUGGAAAACAGUUCAAAAUCUGUAUAAUAAUCAAUUUGGCCAGUGUCUGUUAUAAUUCUUAAAAAUGAGGAAAUUCGACGUUAAUAUUGAAGGUUCAAUAUUUAUUUUCGGAGUGUUUGAAAUAUUUGGCAACUGUCUUGGACAACUCUCUGUGCCAGAGCUUUCGGUUGGAAGUCAACUUGAAGUAUUGACACAGCCUGGCGCUUUUGGUAGCAGCAAUAUCAACCACACGCAAGACUCAAAUUUUUCAGACCAGGCACUGCAGCAAAUAGUUCGGGGAUCCCAACAAUUCAGCCUUGACUUAUUACAUCGAAUAUCCACCGAAUUAGAAAAGACAAACAAAGAUUUUAUGAUCUCACCAUUUUCAGUUUGGUCACUACUCAUACUGCUUUUUGAAGGCGCUAGCGGACAAACUUACGCCCAGCUGCGAAAUGCUUUGCGCAUAAAUAUCAAUGAUGAAACACUGCGAGAUGUUUGGAAUAUGUGGAGUACAUAUCUCAACGUUAAUACUUCUACUAUAGAAGUAGCCUCCUUGCAGGCUUUGUAUACAAGUAAAGAACACGAAAUAUCAACUGAAUAUUUGAAUCACAUUCGAAAGUACAAUGUACAGCCGGUUGCGACAGAUUUCUUUGAUCGCAAAACAGUGAAGCAUAUAAACGAAGCCACUUAUCAAUCGACUCGAGGAUUAAUCCCGUUCGCGGUCCUGCCACAAGAAAUAUUUGGUGUUAAAAUGUUUUUGUUGUCUUCUCUUUACUUUAAAGGUCAAUGGAAGUACCCUUUCAAUGAAGCAGCUACCCGUAUAGAGCCGUUCUAUGAUGAGAAAGGAAACGUUAUCACCCAUAUACCAAUGAUGGUGCAGGAAGCUAAUUUUGCUUAUGUAGGGAAUAUUGCGGGCUUGGAUGGCUACGUUUUGGAAUUGCCAUAUGGUACACAAGACCGGCUUUCUAUGAUAAUUAUUCUUCCAAAAAGCGGAAUAAAGCUCAAUGACAUUACAAAAAAUCUGAAUAAUUUGGGACUUGAUCCGUUAUUGAAUGGCAUUGUACAGUUUAGGAGAAUGGCACCCGAAGAUAACGAAGUGGAGGUUCUCAUGCCAAAAUUCAUCACCACAACGGAUUUCAACCUAAAGAAACCAUUAGGAGAGAUGGGCAUACGAGAUUUGUUUGAUGAAAAGCGUGCCGAUUUGUCCCGAAUGGCUAACGGCUUAUAUGCUAGUCUAUGUGUACACUCUACCAAGAUUGUCGUCGAUGAAAAAGGCACGACUGCAGCAUCAAUUACAGCAGCUACUUUGUUAAAUAAAUCAACGCCACCGAAAUUUUUGCUUAAUAGACCGUUUCAGUACAUGAUUGUGGACAAGGCCACAAAAUUGCUGCUUUUUGCUGGUCAAGUUAGAAACCCAAAAACUCAUUAGAUAAUAAAAAAGUUUUUUAAUAUUUAAAAUUAAGUAUGUUGAGUAAUAAUAUGUACGUAUACUUAAAUAUAAAAUAUAAAAAUA